AUGGGCUCUUUCACACCCCCAGGGCUGAGCGGGGACCUCCCAGCUUCUGCCCCACCGCAUGGCCGCGUCUCUGUGCUCUCUCCAGGCGGGAGCCUCUCCAAGCAGGACUGGACCAUCCAGUGGCCGAGCACGGAGCCGGGCAAGGAGAACAGCCCGGGAUGUCCCCCGGAGCCGGGACCCUGGGGCAGGACGCACCCGAGCCCCAAGGUCCAGCCCAAGUGCGGGCAGCACCACUGCCACUCCAGCUCGCCCCACGGCCCCGCGUACACCCACGUGGACCGCCUGACCGUGGAGGGACACCCGGGGCUGUGCCCGCCGCUGGAGUCCGGCCACCGCUCGCUGCCCCCGUCCCCGCGGCAGCGCCACGCCGCGCACACCCCCCCGCGCACCCCCAACAUCGUCACCACCGUCACCCCGCCGGGCACCCCGCCCGUGCGCCGCAGGAACAAGCUGAAGCCCCCCGGGACGCCCCCGCCCUCGUCGCGGAAGCUGAUCCACCUCAUCCCGGGAUUCACGGCGCUGCACCGCAGCAAAUCCCACGAGUUCCAGCUGGGGCACCGCGUGGAUGAGGCGCACACCCCCAAAGUCAAGAAGAAGAACAAGCCCCUGAACCUCAAGAUCCACAACAGCGUGGGGAGCUGUGAGAACAUCCCGGCCCAGCGCUCCCCUCUCCUCUCCGAGCGCUCCCUGCGCUCCUUCUUCGUGGGGUACCCGCCCUUCCUGCCCUCCACCCCGCCCGUCCACACCGACCCCACCUUCUCAGCAAAUACGCUGUCAGUGCCUCGCUGGUCCCCGCAGAUCCCUCGUCGGGAUUUAGGAAACUCCAUAAAACACAGGUUUUCCACCAAGUACUGGAUGUCUCAGACCUGCACCGUCUGCGGGAAGGGAAUGUUGUUCGGCUUAAAAUGCAAAAACUGCAAGCUCAAGUGCCACAACAAAUGCACCAAAGAGGCUCCUCCGUGUCACCUGCUGAUCAUCCACCGCGGAGGGAGACGAGCCGGUCGGGGCGAGGCAGAUUUGCAUUGCAAACCACUUCCACCCACCCUCCCCCUGCCUCCUUUUCUUUUCAGAUUCCCCACCGCACGGGCAAGGUUAGUCCGGACAGAGUCGGUGCCCUGCGACAUCAACAACCCCCUGAGGAAGCCCCCGCGGUAUUCGGACCUGCACGUCAGCCAAACGCUCCCCAAAACCAACAAACUCAACAAGGACCACAUCCCGGUGCCCUACCAGCCGGAUUCCAGCAGCAACCCCUCGUCCACCACGUCGUCCACGCCGUCCUCGCCGGCCCCGCCGCUGCCGCCCAGCGCCACCCCCCCGUCCCCCCUGCACCCGUCCCCGCAGUGCCCGCGCCAGCAGAAGCAGUUCAACCUGCCAGCCUCCCAUUACUACAAGUACAAGCAGCAGUUCAUUUUCCCAGAUGUGGUGCCUGAGACGCCGACCCGAGCCCCGCAGGUCGUCCUGCACCCCGUCACCUCCAACCCCAUCCUGGAAGGAAACCCAUUGCUUCAAAUUGAAGUGGAGCCCACCUCGGAGAACGAGGAAGGCGCCGAGGAGGUGCAGGAGUCGGAGGACGACUUCGAGGAGAUGAACCUCUCGCUGCUCUCCGCGCGCAACUUCCCGCGCAAGGCCAGCCAGACCAGCAUCUUCCUGCAGGAGUGGGACAUCCCCUUCGAGCAGCUGGAGAUCGGGGAGCUCAUCGGGAAGGGCCGCUUCGGGCAGGUGUUCCACGGGCGCUGGCACGGGGAGGUGGCCAUCCGCCUCAUCGACAUCGAGCGCGACAACGAGGACCAGCUCAAGGCCUUCAAGAGGGAGGUGAUGGCCUACCGCCAGACCCGGCACGAGAACGUGGUGCUCUUCAUGGGGGCCUGCAUGAGCCCUCCCCACCUCGCCAUCAUCACCAGCCUGUGUAAAGGACGGACUCUCUACUCCGUGGUGAGGGACGCCAAAAUUGUCCUGGAUGUCAACAAGACGAGGCAGAUAGCACAAGAAAUCGUGAAGGGAAUGGGAUACCUGCAUGCCAAGGGCAUCCUCCACAAGGACCUCAAAUCCAAGAAUGUCUUCUACGACAACGGGAAGGUGGUGAUCACCGACUUCGGGCUCUUCAGCAUCUCCGGAGUUCUCCAAGCAGGCAGGAGGGAGAACAGGCUGCGGAUCCAGAACGGCUGGCUGUGCCACCUGGCCCCCGAGAUCAUCCGGCAGCUCUCCCCGGACACCGAGGAGGACAAGCUGCCCUUCUCCAAGCACUCGGAUGUCUUCGCACUGGGCACCAUCUGGUACGAGCUGCACGCCCGGGAAUGGCCCUUCAAGACGCAGCCAGCGGAGGCAAUAAUCUGGCAGGUGGGAAGAGGGAUGAAGCCCAACCUCAGCCAGAUCGGGAUGGGCAAGGAGAUCUCGGACAUCCUGCUGUUCUGCUGGGCCUACGAGCAGGAGGAGAGACCCACCUUCACCAAGCUCAUGGACAUGCUGGAGAAACUGCCAAAGCGCAACCGCCGCCUUUCCCACCCGGGGCACUUCUGGAAGUCGGCAGAGUAA